GACAUAAAGCAGUAGCGUAUCAUUUCAAUCUGGUGGUAAUAGUAUUCCAAAUUUUUGCAUAACUUGUGUAUAUAGAAACUAUGUAUUCUUGUUUCUAGUGAAUAAGCAUUCAUUGUACUCUGCAAAGUUUACAUAAUUAGAUUGAUUUAGAGUAAAUCAUGAGGAUCAAAAAUUCCACAUAGGUAUUAGGAAAGUAAAUAAUAUCGCUAGAUACCUAUCAAGUGUUAAAUCCCAUAGUCACUACGUUCGUAGAAAAUAUUCUUCUUUCAGUAUCCUGGAAAGAUGUGUGACAACAACAAGAGUGUUAUCAUUAUUGGAGGAGGGUUAGUCGGGGCGUUGUGUGCUUGUUUUUUGGCUAAACGUGGAUAUCACAUUGAAGUAUAUGAAGUUCGUGAAGAUCUGAGAAAAUGCAAACUUCAACGUGGGCGAUCCAUAAACCUGGCUUUAUCUCAUCGUGGAAGAAGAGCUUUGAGAACGGUAGGGUUAGAGGAAGAGGUUCUGAAGCAUGCCAUACCCAUGAAAGGUCGUCUUUUACAUAAUCUCCCACAUGAACUAUCCUCUGUUCCAUAUGAUGAACAAACUAAUCAGUGCAUUUAUUCAGUCAGUCGUAAUCUACUCAAUGAAGUACUUUUAACAGCGGCUGAAGAGUAUGACAAUGUAACAUUAACAUUCUCGUGUAAAUUAGUAGAUGCAAAUCUGAAAGAAGGAUCUUGUGUUAUUCAAAAUUUAAAAACAAAUGAAACUAUAAAAGCUAAGGCCGAUUUGAUCAUUGGUGCUGAUGGUGCUUAUAGCAAACUUAGAUCUCAGAUGCAGAAGCUUCCUUUAUUUCAAUAUUCCCAAACAUACAUCGAACAUGGUUAUCUGGAGCUAUCGAUAUCUUCAAAAAAUGGUCAUAUGAUGAUUCCAAAUCACCUACAUAUCUGGCCAAGAGGUGAAUUUAUGAUGAUUGCUCUGCCAAAUAAAGAUGGAUCUUGGACUGUUACGUUGUUUAUGGCGUUAACUAGAUUCAAGAUGUUAACUGGUAGAGAAGAGCUACUCAAAUUUUUUGAAUCCACUUUCCCAGAUGCUAUUGAACUUAUAGGUGAAGAAGACCUGGUAGAACAGUUUUUUUCUUCUCCACCAUCGCAUUUAAUAUCUAUCAAGUGUUAUCCAUAUCAUUUUGAAAAUCGUGCUCUAAUUAUUGGUGACGCCGCCCAUGCCAUGGUUCCUUUUUAUGGGCAAGGUAUGAAUUGUGGUUUCCAAGAUUGUACUCUUUUAGACCAACUGAUAUCUCAGUUUGAUGGAAAUUUCGAUUACGUUCUACAAGAAUUUUCUGAAAGAAGAAAGGAUGAUGCAUUCGCCAUAUGUGAUUUGGCGAUGUACAAUUACAAAGAAAUGAGAGAUUUAGUCACAAAACCUAGUUUCCGCUUGAGAAAAGCACUAGAUAAUGUACUUUAUAGUCUUUUUCCCAAAUAUUGGAUACCAUUGUAUAACAGUGUAUCAUUCAGUGAAAUCAGGUAUACAGAAUGCUUGAAAAAUAGAGAGAUGCAAAACUGGAUGAUAACAUUAUCUCUUAUAUUUCUGAUGUUAAUGGGAUUAUCAAUAAUUGUGAUUUCUUCAUGGAAAUGAAAAACAUGAAUGGAUUACCUCACCAAAAAUUCUGAAGGAAUGAUCAAAGACUUCAUUAAAAAUGAAAUGUACAUGUUUAUUCCAAUAAAUUAUACAAAUACAA